CAACCUUAUAGUUGCGUGAAAGCGUUACCCCAGUCUGCAGUUGCAAGAGGCUCCUCGCCUCGUUUGUCAGACAUUUUAUUUUGAAUUUCUAGGUAUCCUGUACCUGGUUGUUUUCAGGCAACAGAAACCGGCAGCUGUGAGAAGUUUUUAUGAAAAUGAAGAUUCUCGAUUCCUUCUACAUGCUAGAAACACUUUUCUAGCUCCUGUAAACAGUUGAAGAAGUUCUUCAUACCUAAUGAUUUAAAGAAUGAACGUAUCUGAACAAUACCAUAAGUUAAGCUAUCAUAAUUUGAUCGACAAUUGAGGAAAAUAAAUCAGUUGUGAAACCGCCGCUGAAGAUCAAUCAGCAACUAGUCGGCCAUGAGUCCUUCAGCCACUUUCGAAGGACCUACAGAGACGGACGUUUCUUCCCUUCGGUCGGCGAUCCUUUCGGAGGUCGCCAGUUUCGAUGUCGACUUCUUCGACGACAGAGACGUCGCAAGAAUAGAACACGAUGAUCUAUACAUCAGGAGGUUCUUAUUGCAGAACGGCUCUGAAGAUUUGGCUGUUAAAACUGCCAUCGAAGCCUUACGAUGGAGAAAGAAAUUCCGCGUUAACGAUUUGAGGUCUAGAGAUGUUGACCGUAGGCUACUAUCAGAAGGAGGGAUGUUCGCGCACAAUAGGGACAGGGAAGGAUGUAAGCUAUUAAUUUUUUCGGUGCGCAAGUACGAGAAACAAAUGUUUGAAUUUAUUGAGGUGAAACGACUUCUAAGUUACUGGCUUGACAGAAUAGAAAGAGAAGAAUAUGGGAAAAAAGUUACGGUGGUAUUCGACCUGAGUGACGCCGGUCUAGAAAACGUAGACCUCCAGUUUGUGCGGCACCUGAUCAAGCUUUUCAAGUUCUACCACCCGUGGAUGCUCAGCAAAGUUAUUCUCUACGACAUGCCCUGGAUCAUUCAAGCAGUGUGGAAGCUCAUUUACUCAUGGCUUCCUAGCAGUUCAGCCGAAAAAAUUCGAUUUGCUGACAAGAAAACCAUCGAUCAGUUUAUCGACAAAGAUCAGCAAUUAUUGAGGUGGGGAGGGACUGAUCAGUACGAAUUUGAAUUUCGGGAAGAAGUUCCAGGGAACACAACACCAUGGCUCAAUAGUAGAUCACUGCAUUUGAUGUGAAGAAGACUUAGCUGUGAACCACUGUAAUGCUCGAAUCUUGUUAAAAAGAAAACUUUAUUGAAGUAGUUCAAUAAGAAUAUCGAAAAGAUCUAUUUUGUAGAGUGUAAUAAUUUUUCGUGGCCGAGUUGGAGACAGUUUUAUCCGAUUCUCGUCGAUGCGUUGAAACUUUGUGCACGAGUUCUUUGAGUAUGCUGCACGUAUUGGAUGUUACGAAACAAACGGGCUCUGGCGAGAUUUUGAUGGAGUUUGCUUAAAAGAUGUCAUAAUAUCUUGAAGUCAGUUUAUUUGUUCAACAUUUGAGAGUAUAUACAGCUAAGAUUUCACGAAUCUGUUCAUUUUGACAUGUUGGAAAAGUGAUCACCGACUUUUAUGAGGGUUGUUGUCUGCAAUAUCCUCCAUUCUUUUAUUAGUACUAGUUAUUGUUCAUGUGACGUAAUUACUUGUAAUUCGCCAAAGUUUGUGUGUGUGUGAAUUUUUCCAAAAACCUGGAGCAUCAAACAUUAUGGUAGCUUCUUAGUGAGAGACUAGGCUAAGACUGUAAGAACGGGAGAAAAUGUUUGGAGUAAUAUUGAAAUUUCAUUUAACAAUUUUUAAAUAUACAUCCAUUUUUAAACACGCUAAAUAUUCUUUUUAAAUCGAGAGUCAUAUAUGAGUUCUAUGUUCCAUGUAAAAUGCGGAUUUGCAUGGGUAUUUUUGUAAUUACCUUAAAUGAACUUAAUUGUUAAAACUGGGAUUAGGGAAAGUUUGUAUGACGGUAUUCACAAUAACGGGAUUAUCAAAUUGCAGGGAUUAUUGAGCGCGGGCCACGAUAGACUAACCUGCUAGUUCAAUGUAUAUAAGAGUAUUUUCAUUAUAGGGUGCACUCGGUUGAAAAAUGAAGCAAAAUUCCAUCGGAUGUGAGUUGGUCAUCCGAUAUUAUUACCAAAAUUUAAACACAAUAACAAACCUAAUACUAGUGAUCAAAGUUAAAUUUU